CAUAAACAAGAGCCAACUCAAGUCUUAGAGCAGGGUACUGUUGUGGUCAGACAUCUUAGAGCAGGGUACUGUUGUGGUCAGGCAUCUUGUAGCAGGGUACUGUUGUGGUCACGGAGAUGGUUGAAGACAAGUGGAUGAGAUGGUUCUAGUCCGAGUUUUGUUGACAUUUCUUGGUUGCUGGUCCGUAGCAGCACAGGAUCCGAGCAGAGAAAUAGUCCAUCCAAGUGUUGUUAAUGCUGGUGGGGACUACACCGUGUCGUGUAACUCUGAUCUGGCUGGAGUGCCAGGCAAGGGACAGAACCUAGGCUUGAUAGCUAUGUGUAUCGGAUGGACGAAUGGAAUAGACGAAAUGGAAUGUUUUGCAAGAUACAGGGCCAUCGACAGAUCAAUUUAUAUUCGAAAAGAAUCCAACACAGCUCCUUCUUCUAUGAGGCUCUGGAAUUCUAAAGUAAAAGGUCCGGAAAAAUAUGAUUACCGUGGUGUACCUGAUAGAGAUUCAGUCAAUAUCACAAUGACGGCGACAAAGGUCAAACGACAAGAGUCUGGUAUCUUUUGUUGUAACGCUUCUUACCAAGAUUUGAAUGACGAUACUCGAUUUAUAUCUAGAUGCCAGACGAUAACUGUUGUUGGCGCUGGCGCGGUCCUUACUUUAGACGAGUACUGUAGCACCAAACUACCUGAAGGCAACAGGGCGUCCUUCAGGACAUUAAGCAUACAGGAGACUCUCAGGUUCUGUGGUAACGCGGAUGUCUACACUGACUGUCUCCUCUCAGCCAGAACUUCCAGCGAUACGACCUACACGGUGAAACUGUUCGAGAAACAUUUCCCCAGCGAGUACGACCUGAAGCGGGCGGCUUACGUCUACUGUACAAUAGGCGUCCAGGAGUUAUACAGAUUCAUCUUGAAUGACGUUAACAACUUCAUCGACUGCGAGAGGAACGCCAACACUGGACAGUGCGAGAUCGAAGCCAACUCAGAGGCCGGACUAAAAGAUCUAACAGCGGCCGUUGCCUCCAAUAACGAAGCGGACAUAAAGAAACAUUCAUGCAAACUGUCACUAGACUACAUGAAGUGUAUCCAAGCCCAGUACACCAAAUGGAACCAAACCUCUAACAUGUUCCCUGUUUCUGUUCCCCAGACUGUCACUAGACUACAUGAAGUACUGUCACUAGACUACAUGAAGUGUAUCCAAGCCCAGUACACCAAAUGGAACCAAACCUCUAACAUGUUCCCUGUUUCUGUUCCCCAGACUGUCACUAGACUACAUGAAGUACUACUGUCACUAGACUACAUGAAGUGUAUCCAAGCCCAGUACACCAAAUGGAACCAAACCUCUAACAUGUUCCCUGUUUCUGUUCCCCAGACUGUCACUAGACUACAUGAAGUACUGUCACUAGACUACAUGAAGUGUAUCCAAGCCCAGUACACCAAAUGUAAUCAAACCUCUAACAUGUUCCCUGUUUCUGUUCCCCAGACUGUCACUAGACUACAUGAAGUGUAUCCAAGCCCAGUACACCAAAUGUAA